AUGUUGUCCAAACUUAGUCCUCGAUUGUCCACCAAUGGCUGGCAAUCUUUGAAGAAGAACAAUAAUCACACACUUUUACAACGCCUCAACUCCAAGUCCAUCAUGGUAAUUGGUCUUUCUCAACCACAACAACAACAUCGAAAUCUUCAAUUGAAAACUCCUCUUCAUAUCGGUUUCUUUGAUGAUGUUGCAGGAACCUACAAAACUCUGCAUAGUCCUUUGAAUUUGAGAUUUAAAUUGAAUAUGAAACCAUGGGAACACAGAACAGGACAAUUCUUCUGGUAUUUAAACUUUGGAGGAAUUCUAAUCCUUUCUGCUGUGUUGGCCGCCAGCAUGUUCUUUGUCUUUUAUUAUGGAUUUUACUUUUUAUAUGCCAAUGCAGGAAUUAAUGGAUUGAGAAGAUUCUACAAUCCUCAUCCCUUUUUGGAAAUUAGAAAUGGAAAGGACAUGAGUGAGACUUAUGAUCCUCUCGGAAAGUUGUACGUGUAUUUGAGUCCUUUCAGAGGUGAAGACAAGACUUUUGUUUUCUACAGAGAAUUGGAGGCUGCAAAGAAUCGAAGACUCUAA